AAACAAAUUAUUACAUAAGCAUAUUUAUGCACCAUAAAUUGAGAAAGAUACACAAACUGAAGUGAAUUGACGAUGCUUUCCGCAGAUAAGCCUUACUCGCUAAAGGAUUAUUAAAUCCAUUAUUUUCCUUCAUAUCCAAUCUUGCUCUUAUGCGAAUUAUGUGCGUGGGUAGCAUCUCUUGGCUGAACCUCCGUAUUACACACCGCAUUAUAAAACCCGAUGCUUCCGAUAACAGUUCAGAUUUGUAGACAUUAUGAUACCAAAACUUCCAUAUCAUAGUCAUUUUAACUAUCUUUGGCUUUGUAUUUCUUUCCAUUCGAUCCCAAUAAUGACUUAUUACUUGUCGGUGUGGUACGAACCAUCUUGUGGCGAGAGUUAUACGUAUCCCAUGUUUCUCCAUAGCAACCAUUGAUAGCAUAUAUCGCCAACUUCGGUGUCUUUCUUCCAAUAAAUCCAUCUGGAUCAUAUAACUCCUACCGCUAUGUGUCUUGUUUUUUAGAGCCACACAAUCCUCAACUAGAGUGUUUCUCAAAUCUUCAACAAAUCCGAGAUAAAUAUCAAGCAAUAUCUCAAUCAAAUUUUCUUCCAUAACUAAAAGGAAGAUGAAAACUCGAUAGGGACAACGCCAAACAAUUUUGGGUGGAACCUCCAAAAUGUUUACAAAAAAGCACCAAUCCAUUGAAGGAAUGGUGAAGAAAACACUCGGACUUGAGUAAUCCUUACCAUAGAUCUCAGAGAAGAUGGUAAUAUCGAUGAGGAUCAAUCUACUUGCCAAGACAACGCUCUCCAAAAGUGGAGAGAAAGAAACCGUCAUUGUCAACCAACAAAUUGCCAUAGCCACGAAGGUGUUGUUUAGAGACAGAACCAAUCGGUGGAGACAUAGUGGGAUAGUGACGGAGGAGAUCAGCGACCGGAGGACAAUCACGGUGGAGAGAACUUUGAUCGCGUUCGUAGUGGAGAUAUAAUCGAUAAAAACUUUCAGAUACUUUAAAAUCUAUCAUUUAUUUUUCUUAUGUAUUCUUCUAAAUUCAAUAUUUGAAUACGCCUUCCUUACAUGUGAAGUAAUUAACUUCUGACAAAAAAUAAUUAAAAAAAAAGAUUAUAUGAACUUGUCAAAUUUCACAUUUCUAUUGGUCAAGUGAUUUGUGUUUUCUCUUAUAAAAGAUUUCAUUCCUUGUUUUUAGUUUAUGUAAGUAAAAUUUGGACAUAAAAGUGAAAAAAAAAGCAGAUUGAGAAAACAAAUUGGGAACAAGAUUUACAUUGACAAUCCCAAACUCUCCCUAUAAAAACGCGUUGGAUCUUUCAUAAACUUUUCACUUUUCACCGAUUUGAAGUUAUGACUUCAAUCAGUGACUUUCCAGAUGAAUUGUUGUUGAAUAUACUUUCUUCGCUUCCAAGUAAAGAUGUGGUAGCCACGAGCGUCUUGUCAAAACGUUGGCGAUCUCUUUGGAAGGAGGUAAAAACAUUCAGGUAUGAUGGUGAAUCCAUAGGUAGAACUUACUGGAAGUUUGUGCUAUUUAUUAGUAAAAGAUCAAGCGUUGAGACCAUGCAGCUCAAGCUGAAUCCUCAUUGUACACAUAGAGACAUCAAACCUUUGAUUAACAUUGCAGUUGCUCGAUCCUUGAGAGAGCUGAGAAUUGAGAUGAUUUGUGAGUCCUUCGAGUUGCCCAAAAGCUUUUACAUGUUUUCACAACUUGAAACUGUUAUACUUGAGAAAGUAAGUUUGGAGGAUGUUCCACGUAAUGCUCAUUUUCCUUGCCUCAAACGUCUCCACCUUUUAUCGGUCAAGUUCACGGGGGACGAAUCUGUGAAAAAACUUCUAAGCCUAUGCCCCAUUCUUGAAGAGUUGGUAGUGAAACGAAGCUCUCUUACCAAUGUAAUGAUAUAUACGAUCGAUGCGCCUCUGCUGAGGAUCUUAUCUAUCGAUAAUACUUCUGGCAAAUCUCGGCCUGAAGGUGUUCAUGGAUUUGUGAUAAAUGCCCCUUCUUUGAGAUUCAACGUUGUUUGUGAUGAACCUGACAAGUUUCUAGGAUCUCUUGCCUCAACCCAAUAUCUUUCUUGUUGUGUCACUUCAGAGACUCCGGAUUCGUAUCUUCCUACUGGGACUUCCUUCGUAUUUCUUGACCAUCUAGAGCUAUGUUUAUGUUCUACGGAGUGGUGGAACUUACUGACCUGUAUACUCGUUGAUGCUCCGAAACUUCGAGUUCUCAAGCUCAAAUUGUAUCGAAAACAUUGUGUCCGGUACAACGAUGUGAUGGAUCAAUGGAACCAACCAGACUAUGUUCCCAUGUGUUUAUCAUCAUAUCUUGAGAUCUUUGAGUGGAGGCAAUACAACGGUAAAGAGAAAGAGAGAGAAGUUGCAAAGUACAUUCUAGCAAACGCGAGUCGUCUAAAGAAGGCGACAUUCUACUCAGAAUCUGGAGAGAAGGAUGGGAUAUUGAAAGUUAGAAUAUAUGGCCAGAGGUUCAACGACAUGCAAGCUUGUGUUUGAUUAAACGCUUGUGUUAUCAACAAUUAUAAAGAGAAUAAUAUGCAUCUUUCAUUGAUUCAAAAAAGACUUUUAUUUUUAGUUUGAGUCUACUCUGGUUUAUUAAUUAACAAAUUUCUCGUUUACUUCUCCAUGCCUUGUGGCAAAUACUGAAUCAAGUCGUAUCUAGCAGUAGUCCAUUUUUUAUAAGCAUUGGUACAGACAUGAAUCAUAAACAUAGCUCUAUGGCUCGUGAAGUCACCACCCUUUUGGUGUUGAAGAAUAAAGAAGAUGAGAUAUCUCAGACUCUUGAAGCAG